UCACAAUAGGACAAAAACAUAUUCCAGUCUGACAAAAGGGAAACCAGGACAUUAAAACAGGUGAAGUAUGUCUGCUGGAAACAAAGACAGACAGCUGGACACAGCAUGUCCAGGAGCAGCAGCUGUUUAUUUCUCCAACCCUUUGAUGAGUGAUGUUGAAGCCGACUGGUCUCCGAUUCACGAGGCAGCCUUCAAUGGAAGCGUCCUCCGUCUGCAAAGACUCAUCGCUCAGGGAAUAUGUGUAAAUCUAAACACACUGGACCAAGUCUCUCCCCUUCAUGGAGCAUGCCUGCAAGGCCACACAAACUGUGCCAAGCUUCUGGUGGAAAACGGAGCAAAUGUUAACAAGACAACUGUGGACGGACACACUGCGUUGACAGAAGCUUGUGCCAGGGGCCAUGUGACCUGCGUCUCUCUGCUUCUCCAGCAUGGAGCGACCCCCCGGGGCACCAGCCCGUCCAGUUCUCCAAUCCACUCGGCUGCAGCUAAGGGUCACCCUGAGUGCAUUGAAGCGCUUGUUCAGUACAGAGCAGAUGUGGAUCAGGAUAUUGAUUCAUUAGGGUCUCCUCUUCAUGUUGCUUGCUCCAAUCAGCAACUGAGCUCAGUGAAGAAACUCCUUCAGCUCGGUGCCGAUGCUAACAAGAGCGCUUCUGGUGACUCCCCCCUGCACAUCGCUGCACGUCUGUCCAGCCCUGAGUUGGUUUCUGCCCUCCUCGACCACGGAGCAGACCGGCUCCUGGUGAACUCAGAGGGCAAGCGGCCUCUGGACCUGGUUCCUCCUGACAGCCCAGUGGGGCGACUGCUAAGAGAGACAGGAGCAGUGUCUCCUUUAAAGCAGCUGUGCCAGCUGUGCAUCAGGAAAAACUGUGGGGAAGCCCAGGCCGGGUGGGAUUCCUGACCUUCACUUCCCCACAAAGCUGAUACAGUAUCUGCUCUACCAAUCAGAGCAGAGGGAUGCACUCAAACACUGAAAUCACUUCCAUCUUUCAACCCCAAACUCUGAGCCUUUUCACUUUCAGGCCAGCAGGGGGGGAACUUGCACAACCUGGCAGGAUAAUUCCACUAGGAGAGCCUCAAGUUGAGUGUGAACUGAUUUAUUAUAUAAGUAGAGAAUCUUCUUGUUCGAAGAUGCUUUUAUAAAAUAUUCAUUAGCAAUAACACAUAUCAAAUGAAUAUAAAAUCAAAGCGCACAAACCUCUGAAAGACUAGCUAUAACACAACAUAUAAAUCCUCAUUAAUGUUGCAUUUUUUUUCCACGUUGUAAAGAAAAGCUGAAUUUUAUAGACGUAUUAAAAUACAAGAGACAAAUGUUCCUAGUAAUUUAUUUUCCAACUAAAAAAGAUAUCUAUCAUUUAAACCAGAAUACACAGAAUACCUUAAAUAAAAGUUCCCGUGUCUCAGGUGGUUUCCUCUGAGAUGGACAAAAAUGUAUUUAAAAUCUUUAAUGUUUUAUCUAUAAGCAUUGCUGCUUGAAUUGAACUACUUGAAAGCAAUGGUUCCCGAUUCUGUUCUCUUUUAAUUUGUAGUGCUUGUGUUUUUUUUUCCAUUUUCAACCGUUAAUAAGAUGCGACUUGUUUUGCAAAGUGUCCCAACAUGACAUUUGUUGUGUAUCGGAAUUAUGCAAAUAAACUGAAUUGAAAUUGAAUCUACUGCUGAUUAAAAAAAAAAUAACGCCUUUGACACACUCUUGCACACACCCUUGCAAUCAGUGUGUGCAAGGGUGCACACGCUGAUUAAAUAAGGCAAUAGAGUAAUCUCGUUUUUGUUUCAUUGUAAAACUGAAAGUGUUUAGGUUGUAUGUUUUUAGCUCACAAGAUAACGUACUACAGCAAAUCAAUAUACAAAACGACACAGAAGAUAGCUUUAAACAGGAUUGAGAAACAGGACUGGUCACCUGCUAUUUUACUUUAUUCGGUGUCGGCUCUUAGUAAUGGGAUUCAGUGAGUUAUUCUGGCGUCCAUGUUAUCUUAAUUUCCCAAAAUGCAGCAUUGUGGAGUUGUUGUCAUUUACUGUACGGUAAUGUACAGUGAAAUGACAAUAUCUUGAUUUGAUGAAGUCUUCUCUAGCUUGCAACAACAUCCUUCCUCAAACUCGAAAACACUGACCUCUGAUCAGAGUUUGUCGUAACACCAGAGGGACUGAAAGCAGAAAGCAAGUUUAUAAUUUGAUUGAAACAAAACACCAAGGCUUAGCCACAUAGCAGAUGUCACUGGAAUAAACUGGGCUUUUUGGUGCUUCUUGAACUUUUUCACACUUUGCUAUAUUAUAGCCACUAACUGAAGUUUUGUUGGCCUUUUGUACAAUAGAUCACAAUCAGACCUGGAGAAUCAAGGAACUCUUCUAGAGAAAAUCUGAGCUGGAGUAGGCAAAAGAUCUCAAAAGCAAGACACCAUGGCCUGAUCAAAAGAAUCUCACAAACUGAUAGGAAACAAGUCACUGACAUCUAACACUUUGUGAUUUCAGUGGUCGGAAAAGCACUGUAGAAGUUCAGUCUAUUUACUGUUUAUCAUUCAUCAGUCUGGAAGGAUUAAGAUCAGUGUUGAGAAUGUAGCAAUAAGGAGCUCUAUGGGGGAAUUUUAAGAUAACAAAUGACUGCUGACCAAACAGAACACAAAGGUCAAGCUUCAUAUCCUCCCCCCCCAAAAAAACCAUUUUGAUAACUUUUGGGAAAACAUAAAAACACAAAAUGAAUAGGAAAAAAGUGGAGCAUAAUGAAAUG